AUGUUCGGGAUCCAGGAGCAUCUGAUACGAGAAGUGAGCGGAUUAAAAGAGAGGAGUCUUGGAGAGGAGAUGGAUCCGGUCCGGUCGUGGGUGCGUAAUGUCGGGGUGGUGGACGCGAACGUCGCGGCGCAAAGUGGAGUCGCCCUGUCGAGGGCUCACUUCGAGAAGCAGCCGCCCUCCAACCUCCGCAAGUCCAACUUCUUCCACUUCGUCCUGGCGCUCUACGACAGACACGGCCAACCUGUGGAGGUGGAGAGGACCGCCUUCGUGGACUUUGUCGAGCACGACAAGGAGCAGACGGGGGAAAAGACGAACAACGGCACUCACUACAAGCUGCAGCUCCUCUACAGCAACGGUGUUCGUACAGAGCAGGAUCUUUACGCACGACUCAUCGACUCCGUCACAAAACAGCCCAUCGCGUACGAGGGACAGAACAAGAACCCGGAGAUGUGCAGAGUUCUGCUCACACACGAGGUUAUGUGCAGCCGCUGUUGUGAGAAGAAAAGUUGCGGCAACCGGAACGAGACGCCCUCUGACCCGGUCAUCAUUGACAGGUUCUUCUUGAAGUUUUUCCUGAAAUGCAACCAGAAUUGUCUGAAGACUGCAGGAAACCCAAGGGACAUGAGGAGAUUUCAGGUGGUCUUGUCCAGCACCGUGAGCGUAGACGGCCACGUCCUCGCCGUGUCUGACAACAUGUUCGUCCACAACAACUCGAAACACGGGCGGAGAGCUCGCAGGCUGGAGCCGGGGGAGUCUGUGGAGAAUAGUAUGGAAUAUGCCACUCCGUGUAUCAAAGCCAUCAGCCCCAGCGAGGGCUGGACCACCGGCGGGGCCAUGGUCAUCGUCAUCGGGGAGAACUUCUUUGACGGGCUGCAGGUGGUGUUUGGCAGCAUGCUGGUGUGGAGUGAGCUGAUCACACCGCACGCCAUCCGCGUCCAGACGCCUCCUCGACACAUCCCGGGGGUCGUGGAGGUCACACUGUCUUAUAAAUCCAAACAGUUCUGCAAGGGAGCGCCCGGACGCUUCAUCUACACAGCUCUAAAUGAGCCGACUAUAGACUACGGCUUCCAGCGCCUUCAAAAGGUCAUUCCUCGACAUCCCGGUGACCCAGAGAAACUAGCCAAGGAGAUCCUCCUGAAGAGAGCAGCAGAUCUUGUCGAGGCUCUGUACGGAAACCCACACAGUAAUCAGGACAUGCUGCUGAAACGUGCGGCCGACAUCGCCGAGGCGCUCUACAGCGUUCCUCGUCCUCACAGUCAGCUGCAGGCGCUGCCCAGCUCACCGGCCCACGGCAGCGUCAUGGGCCUGGGCUCGUACCCCUCUCAGCUAGGCGUCAGCAUCGGGGAGCAGAGCAGCCAAGGUUACAUUCGAAAUUCCAGCAGUUUGUCUCCGAGGGGUUACCCAUCAGCCUCCACUCCUCAGCAGUCGAGCUACGGCGGCAGCGGAGGGAUGACCGGAGGCUAUGGGACGGUUCCCAUGACCAGUCUAGGAGUACCCGGCUCUCCUGGCUUCAGCAGUGCCUCCCCGACAGGCUCUCCCUACAUAAUGCCCUCCAGCCCCACUAUACCAGGAAGCUCCAGCUCUUCAUCGUCCCUCUUGCCUUUCUCCUCCUUCCCGUCUGCUGCUAAACAGAAGAGUGCUUUUGCUCCCGUCCUCAGGCCCCAGGGCUCUCCCUCCCCUGCCUGCCCCGCCUCAGGGGGGAACAGCUUCAGAGGUAGCCAUCCAACUCACUAUCUGACCCCGCUGUCUGAACUCACGAAUGCAGUCUAACCAACCCACCCCUCCCUGUACUAACCACUCAAAAAGCUUUGACUGAACACGACAGAAACAAAAAAAAAAAAGUUGCUGGAUGUACAAUAAUGCAAGACCUGAUUGAUUAGAAUCAUAGAUUUUGUAUAUUUUUUUCUCUCCAGCGAUGACGGGCCUGGUUGUUCACCCGAUGUAGCAAAGCACCCACCCCCCAAAAUCUACCCCAGACCACUGCUUCACUUAGCCCCUCUUGUUGGCAUUAAGAGGGCAGGGAGAAUGGACAAAUUGAUCACUAAGCGUCCGUGUAUAACUUUCCUUCCUGAGCCACCCGCCCGCCUCUUUAGUCCCCCCCCCCCACCCACACCUUUUUUUCGCCCAGGCGGAUGAACAGGGCGGGGAAAUGAAAAUGUCCAAAGACCUGUCAUCUACUUCAGAGGCAGAGCAGAUUACAUCACCCACAGCUCCAGACAGACAAAGCUCCUUAGCAUCAGACUGGACUGUACACGGCUGCAUUUGAAAAGAAAAGGAAACGAAAAGGAAAACUGGUUCUGAUUUCAUCCCCGAGUGUCUAAAGCACCCGUGUUCACCUCUGGCCUACGAUCACAUGCAGUAUCUGGUUCUCCAAACACCAGCUCCCACCCCCCCAAUAAAAACCGGCCAGAGACGUACGGGACUGAACGUUGUUGGAUGACGGACGACUCUGAUGUAACGUCGUAGCUCUGAGAAAGCAGGACGGCUGUUUGUCUGCGUAUGGACACCUUAAAUGGCGUGUGUGUGUGUGUGUGUGUGUGCGUACACUGUCCGUGAGUUUAGCGAGAGCUUUUUUUCGAAGUAGACUUUUUUGAAGACGAUUUACAUUCCAGGAAAAUAGACCCUUUAUUUUUUUUGUUCUGAUCUCUACAGGUUUUACAUGGGAGAACUCUUUGUCUCGAGGGUUAUUACUAAAGGAAUUCAUAUAUUGAUUUAUUUAAAGAAACAAGCAAUUUAACUUAUUAUAGUUAGUUUAGGGAAUAAUAUAAACGUGUUUUUUAUAAAAAAAAAAGUGGUCUUUUUCCAGCUGUCACUGAUGUGAAGUUAUCUCAACGAAUGCUAAUUAAUUUUGCUGAAUGAUCACAGGGGAUGUUGGUUUUUUUGUUGGUGGAGAAGAUCAACUCUGACUCACUUCUUUGGGAUUAAAGAUAAGCCCUACUUUUCAGGUUCUUGCAUAGCAAAAUCUUAAUGUUAUGCCCUCAUUUAAAGAAGGUUAUUGUCCUUGUGUAAAGGAAGAAAACUGUUAGUUAGCCUUAUCUUUUUUAUUUUCACUUAUAAUGCAUGCUUUGUCACACCGAUGCCCUGAUAUUAUUUCAUUCCACGUUGAAAAUUUUAAUUUAUAUGACUAUAACUUAUAGAUUUUUUUUUUUUACAGUUUCCUUUUUUUUUUUAAAUGUCUCGACUCGAUACAGGUCUUUAGUCACUAUGCAGUACAGUAAAACGAAAGCACAAACUGCUCAGUUGGAGAGAACGGGGCGUUAUCAGCUGUUCAUCGGCUCACAUCGUGCUGUUCUCGCUCAUCUUGUCGUCACAACUCUUCAUUCUCAGGAUGCCCGAGAAACGAAACGACACAACGAGUAGAAGACAUUUUGCAAAUUUGUUUAGAGUUUGGUUAAUUUUAUUUAUUUAAAAGAUUAUUAGCAAUUUAAUAUUAUGUUUUUUGAAGCCAUCUUUCUUUGAAACGGUACAAAAAAUGGUGCGAAUUGUGAUUUGUAUAUCUCAAGGUGUAAUUAUAUUUUGUGCUCCAAAUAAAACAAAUGAGAAAAAGGAAAAAAAACAAACAAAA